ACAAAUUGAUUUGUAUCAUCUUAAUGAUGAGGAGAUGGAAUAUGAAUUGGCCUUGCGCCAUGUUUCAAAUCUAGCCCCAUGCUCUAGAAGAGCUAGGGUUGUCAAGUUAAAAGCUCUUGUCCAAGAGGACACCCUUAGAGACACCAUCUAUGUUAAUUCAGAACACGUAAUGUCGCCGGAGUUGAACAUCGAGGUCUGCCAGAGGGCAGUGGUAGAAUUGAGAAAUCAUGUUGAUUUAGCCACGCAGAAUAGAAAUGCCGAUCAAAUGGCUUGCGCGAAAUCGAGAUUGCUUCAUUACCGGCAAAGAUUAUCACUGAUUCCAGUGGUCGCGAGUUUAGAGGAAACGCGUAGGGUCGUGUGCGAGCUUGUAGAGACGCUGCUAGCUCAGAUAGAGUGCGUGAACAGUGCAGUCAAUAUGGUGUUAAGUGAAACAGAAAACACUAGCCUUUCAACUAGUGUCCCAACCAUCCAGGCAGAGAACAGUAGCAGUAGGGAUGCCUGCGAUGCGUUGACGAUUCCACCGAGGCCACAAGCAGUCGGAAAUGAUGAAGGAGCACGAGCACGGAUGCAAGAAGCGGAUGUCGAGCCGUCUUCUCUUCCAUUCCAAGAAGGCAGACAAGGACAGAGGGACUUGGAGGAAGUAAUCAUCCGGAGGUCGGGUAGUUCGGCUGGUCUGGCUGCUGUGAACGUUCUGGACGAACUGCGGUUCGACAUUCAACAACGACAAAGGAGGCAGCAGCAGUUGAACGACAGCUUUACAAACCGGAGUGGUAGCAACUACGACAGGCGGAUGCAGAAGGCGAUUCACAAUUGGCCUUUCAAGUUCCGAGGCGAAAAGGACACCACGUCCCUCAACAUUUUCUUGGACCGGGUGGAGACGUUUGCCAGAUCAGAGGGAAUCGACGAUCAGACACUUCUGGCUUCUAUCAAGCACCUGUUGCUUGAAGACGCCCUCGACUGGUACUCCAGAGCACUUGCCCAACGUCGUCUGUAUUCCUGGCAAGCAUUCAAGCUAUGUAAGCAACAACGCUGACCACAAGCUCACUCGGAGCACAAAACACGAAAUGGAGAAGGCUGAAGGACCAACAUCAUCUUUGAAACCUCGCCCCAACAACUCGGAGUAAAUUAUGCAGAACUCUUCCAUUCGAACUACUCAACGGAACACAGCGGAUGCUAAUUCGUCACUAGGACAUCGACGAACACCACGAAGUAGGCCUUUAUGAAGGAGACAACGGCCUUGCGCGGGACCAGCGUCGGCUGAAUGGACUCUGAGAACUCUGCCAGGAAGUUCGUCAGAAUUUGGAGAGGGCUGGCAACCUUGCGUGGGAUUGCCGCCACUCAUUGUCCAGAAUGCAAUCCUGUUAUCUGAAGCAGCGUAGCAGCGCUGGGGAUAGUAGUACUGGUGAGCCACCGUAGCCAGGCGCUACACACCAUCGCAGAGAACCCAUCCAGGUUCGGGAUAUUGGAAUGUUCGGAAAGUCAAGUACAGCAGCUCCAAACACCACGUCGCUGCAAUUGAAAGGAUUGUCAGGACAUCAAUAAGAGGAUUCAGCACCAGAGAACACAGUUAUGCGAAGAAGUUGUGAGGAGUAGACAUCAUGACGGCCGCUACUACCAUAUCGACUUUCUCUCGCUAACUAUCGAAAGCCACACGCAAAUGAUUCAGCUAUGACCACAGCCAAAGCCUGUCAACCAAGCGCAACAGCGCAGGAAACACCGUUAGGCCGAUCGGGAAAAAUCGUGCAUCUGGAAAACGCAGCGAGCAAUAUCUCUUAUUUACCCCCUCGUGAGUACAGCAAAAAGUUUAGCUAUGUCCGCUACCCAAGGUUGCCAACAAAAGCAUCACCGAUGCAAAAAACACGUUCAUCGUCAGCACCACAACCAUCUGCUUUGCGCGACGACUCCGGAAGAAGGGCCCGUCUGAGGGAGCUCAUUCGCAGCAGCAGCAAUAUCCGAUUUUGUCCCACAAACACGAACCCUGCUUAUUCAGCACAGAAUCAACAGGACGAAUCAGGACAACGCCCAGGGUAACUUGAAAGAGGUUGCAAGAUUCCUGCUGACUUUCUCCUAGUCCGGAGGACCAUAGCUGACCAGGCUUCCCAGAAAUAAGAAAACCGAACAAGUACAUCCACAAGGAACUCCCGAUUAAGACUACCCGAUCAAGACUACCCGAUCAAGACUACCAGAUCAAGACCAUCUUCAAUCAACCAUGACAACUCCCGAUUAAGACUUCCCGAUCAAGACUAUCUUCAACCAACCAUGUCAACUCCCGAUUAAGACUUCCCGAUUAAGAAUAUCUUCAACCAACCAUGUCAACUUCCGAUUACGACCUCCCGAUCAAGACGAAAUUCUCAAAAGUUAUCUACCAACUUUGUCAAAACCACAAGCUAUGAGAACACCAUCUACCAUGGUCCACACCCCAAAAUACGCGCAGCGGAACCACAAAUUACCCUCGCCUGAAAUGGUGUCGACAGUUCAACUGUCCGAUUCAGACUUGACCACAAAUCACCAACCUCACAAAAUGAUACAUAAUGGAUCAUGCACAGUUGUCAAGGGGGUUGCCAAGGAAAUAUCAAAAGGAACGCGAUCUGGAGGCGCGGUAUAACCUCUAUUCCGGGCCCUUGGUAAUUAAGAGGAUUAAAUCCCUCUUUUCCUUAGACUUCUGUUGCUUUUAGUAUAAACCAGUUAAGCUCCCACCUAAAUUUCGUUUGUUAAGUUCUAUUUGUAAGAUCUAGGUUAUUAUCUCUAUCAAUAACCAUUUGAUUUUGGAUUUUCGUAUGCUGCUGAGGUGGAUGUUAUUAAGUAGAUUGUUUUAAGGAUUCGAAGGAGUUUCUUUCUGCCAGAUAUACUGGUAAUGAUCGACACAUUUGCCAUAACUUGUUGGCUUAAAUUUUGUUGGAUUCUGCCAAGAUUCGUUGGCGUAGAGAUAUAGUUUAUUGUCUUUAGUUUUGAAGAAACUCACCACUGCAGGGUGACAUCAGUACGAGGUUUUCUCGACACAGCCGUCGAUUUUCAUAUCUCCUUCGAACUCCUAGUGGCGUGAUUAUGAAUUUUUCAUGGAUCCUUGUCAUGAUCCAUGAAAAAUUCUACCAAAGCAGCAAUGUUGUGUUGCAUUUAAGCUUAUAGCUAAGUUAUUAGUCCUAAAAAUAUUUCACGAUACGAGCGAUUGGCAAACUAACACAUAAAAACCCAUCCCCAUAUAGAGAAAAAUCAGCGUGUUGUUAUUAUUAAACCAAAAUUGGUUAAAAUACGCCAAGCGUGAAAUUUUAUGUCAAGAGCACCCAAAAAUGAGGAAAGGAAACGCAGCGUGCAACAAGAGCUGUCAAACGGGCCACGCGGAACAGAUCCGCCAUUUCGUUCCUAGCACCGUCGUGAACAGACGGAAAAAGUGCCGCUAAAAAAAUCGGGAAGUGGGGUUGCGUUCGCGGAUUUGCCGGAAAAAGCAGAAAUCCACUCCAGAGCGCGUGCCAGACGAGCCGGAAGGUACACCUUCAAUAGAUUUGGCCGAAGAAAAGAAAAAGAAACCUAUCGACGAGACAAGCCGGCCAGAAGAGGUGGACAGGAAAAAACAAAAAGAGCCGCACAACCACGCUGCGGCUCUUUUUUCCCCCCUCACCUCAACUGCCUUCCGGUGCGGCAAUUUCGGGCGAGCCGAAGAAAAUCAGCAGCCCCCUGGUAGACCCCAGGAGGCGCCACAAGUGUAGGACGGAGGCACGAAUCAACCAAGACCAGCAGCCCCCUGGUAGACCCCAGGAGGCGCCACAGGCGUAGGGCCACAGUUCCCGCAGUGCUGCCAAUCGGCACUCCGAAUCGCCGAGCAGCACAACAAAACUCGGAGGCCCCGGGACUCUGCCGUGAAGAAAAGUGGAGGUCUUCCGGCAGAGAGGGUCCACAAGGGAAAGCAGCAGCAACAGCGCCACCAAUCGGCCCCAGGCGUAGGGCGGCCGACCAGCAGCAACAGCGCCACCAAUCGGCCCCAGGCGUAGGGCGGCCGACCAGCAGCAACAGCGCCACCAAUCGGCCCCAGGCGUAGGGCGGCCGACCAGCAGCAACAGCGCCACCAAUCGGCCCCAGGCGUAGGGCGGCCGACCAGCAGCAACAGCGCCACCAAUCGGCCCCAGGCGUAGGGCGGCCGACCAGCAGCGACAGCGCCACCAAUCGGCCCCAGGCGUAGGGCGGCCGAAUAGCGGAAGAAGCACGAGGUGCCACCCGAUCGGCGCUCGGUCGAAAGGCGGCGGACGCAUGCCGGGCAGGCGAGGUGCCGUACAGUGGGAUCCAUUCGGCGAAAAUGCGGUGAGUACACGCUGGUUUGGGGAAGUGUGGGUGUGUCUUGCCAUAAUCCUUUGUAGCCAUCAUUUUUAUUCAUGUGGCAUCGCCCACGAAAAGCCUCUUCGAUACAUUUAACAUUGAAGGAAAACUAUAAUAACUAUGAACUGGCGAUUGCUUCGUACUGUUAGAUGAUGAAAAAAAAAACUGAUGCUGAUGCUGAUUAGUUUGGACGCAAAAAAGUGGUUCAUAAGAUGUAUCUUAUGAAAAUUAUAAUAAGAUUUCCUCUGAGUGCAGUUUUUAUUACACAUUAUCUUCAUUGAUGAAAGAAAAUGGAACUAAUUUGGUUCGAACAAAAGAUGGUUAUACUAUUUUCGAGUAACUUACCCAAUACACAUACGGGUUUCAAUGUAACUUUUCUAACUUAACACUCAGGCAAAUUCUUACUAUAUUUUCAUAAGAUACGUCUUAUGAAGCGCCUUUUGGAGUGUUAAAUUAUUUUUCAUGAGAGUCUUAUGAAAUUCUUUCAAUUUCCAUAAGAAGUUCCUAAGAAAAAUAGAAGAAACGGGAUUGUGCAAAGAUGAUGAACAUGUUAUGCACAUUCAUUCCAUCAGUCAAAAUUUAACCGAAGUUGUGGAGUUAUUCAUUUUAUUCUUCUACAUGGUAAGUUUGAAUUGAAGUGUGUUUGUUAGUGAACUCUUUAUUUUUUUUUUAUUUUUUUGUGACACUUUAUCAACGUUUUGUCAUUGGUGUCAAUAUAGUUAAAGUUUUGCAGUGUAUCAUAAAUCACCUACAAAAGCGAUUUCUCAUGCGAGUCUUCAUUUUUCAAAGACCUAAAGACGCUUAUGAAAAAAAUCUAAAAGGCGUGUCUAAUGAAAAUUAUAAGAAUUUGCCUGACUGACGGAAACAAAAAGGAGUUUUUAUUAAAUCUACAAAAGGCUAUGAUAUAUUCACUUCUUUUUCGUGAUAACGAUGUUCUUUGGUAAAUCAUUUAAUAUAUUGUCUUACAUCGAUUUGUGGCUUUUGGAGAGAUGCCGCCUUAACGAUCCUCGACAACUGUAUGGAACGUUACAGAAAUCGCAAACAAAAGUUCUAUAGGGACUGUGGCUUGCUGCAAUGUGAUCGUUUAGAUGUGACUUUUGAAAAUAUCGCUUUGGACAUUCUGGGCAGCCGAACGAUCGUUCCUGGCGAUGUUUAGCGCGUAUGUGCUUCGUAAGAUGAUCCUUACAUGCAAACCGUUGAUCACACUCCGGACAACCGUGGGCUUUCAUUGUGCUAUGAACAUUCCGCACAUGUGCAUUUAGAUUGCAAUUUGCGGUAAACUUUUUGCUGCAGUAAAAACAGGGGAAUGCUUUUAUGUUUGCAUGUCUUUUAAGGUGGUAUUUCAAGCCGGAAAUAGAAGUGAAUUUCUUAUCGCAUAACGUACAAAACAGGCUGUCUUGGACAAGUUGAGUAACCGGUUGUAUGUCAUUGCUGGUACAAGAAACAGUUGAGUUAUGCUUACAAUCAUGUUUUUCGAAGUUGCAUUUCUUUACAAAAGAUCUUUUGCACGAUUUGCAAACAAAUAAAAGACUUUGAUCUGUGUCGUGGACCAUGUAGGUUUUGGUUUCCGGUUGAACAAUUGAUAGUGCUAUCUCGGUUUCCGGAAUUAAAUUCUCACGAAACCUGGUAUUAUCUUUUAGAUGUUCGCUGCGAUGAGACCUAUAUUGUUGCGUUCUGUUAAAACUUGCUCCACAAUCGUUGCAAAUGAGACAUGGCAGAUCAUGAACUUCUGAUAGAUGAAUAGUGAGAUUCAUCUGUUUUUCGAAACCGAGUUCACAUUUGGUGCAUUUAUAUCGUUUCGAAUUAUUCACGUUAGCACUUUCCAGAUAGAAAUCGCAGUUAUCAAUCAAAUAUUCCUCUCCACCUUCAAUAUACUUAGUCCAUAUUUGAUCGUUUUCAAAGGCUUCAUCAAGAAAUUCUUCCAAAAUCAUUUUAUUGGCAUCAAGGCAAGUUCCCUUGUAGAUACUUUCUGUCAGCUGAAUUCUCCUCAAGCUAAAAUGUUUCAAAAAAUCUUCUUGCUUUUCGUCAUGCUUCAACUUGUCAUGAUCGACCUCCAAAGGAAGCCCAAUGUCUUUUAUCAAAAAUGAAUCGUUCAACAAUUCUUCGUAAGGGUUAUCAGUUGCUUCACAGUCCUUAUGAUGUUGCAUUAUGUGUUCGUUAAGAUCUAUAAGAUCAACAAACGAAGUCUCGCAACUGCAAUGGCCACAAUAUAGCUCCAAACCAGCAACAUUGUGCGCAGUUUUUAAAUGUCUGUUUAGCAGUUUUCUUAAACGUUCUUUUCUUGAACAGUGAUUACAACGAAAUAAUCGAUCGGAAUGUUCGCUUCUGACGUGUUCAAUAAGUUUCUGUUCGUUGAUCCAACCUCUAUCACAGAAUUGGCACAGAAAAUCCAGAUGAUAUUUCUGGUGGUUCUUCAAAUGAGCUUCGGUCUGGAAUGUUUGUUGACAUAGUUUACAUGUAACAUGGUUAGAUUCUUCCCAAGAGUGGCGGUAAGUCAUAUGUUGAUGUAGCCCUCUGAGAGUUUUGAAAUACUUGAAGCAUUCCGCACAACGGGGUUGCUGUCGUUUUUCGUAGGUAUGAUCUAGGUGUUGAAAACUGACAUGUGUCAAUGAAUCGACAUUGUUCGGGGCUAAGAAUUCCCCUGCUCUUUUCUUGUGUAACCCUAUGGUUAUAUGUUGUUGAUCUCUAUAUUUUAAUGAUUGCAGUGUUUCAACUACACGUAGGUAAAAAUGGAAAGCAUUUUCCAGAUGUCGAAGGCACGUUACACAUAAGCUUUCUGUGAAUGUGCAAUCCUGGAAACGUCAAUGAAUGUUUAGUGCACAGACUAGUGUUUGAUAAGUUUUUCCUACCUCGGGAAGUUUGAAAAUAUUCCACAUCUGCUGAAUUGUGACGCCAUGUCCUUUUUCGGGCCUUUUAUAUUCCGGCGAAAAUGAUUGCAAACACACGGCACAGCUCCGCAUAGUCUGAUUAUUUGCCAUAUUGAUCCAGUGGCAAUAUACUGUAAAUAAAUCAACAAUUACAAUUACAAUGAAUAACCGAAUAAAACGAAUAAAACCAAAACAGCGAUCAAAAGAAAAUCGGUAGUAAAUUUUGAAAAGGGCGAAUGCGUCAAAUGUAACAAAUGGAGCAAGGUUAUUAGAAACCUACAAGGUUCUCUGCCUUUCACAUAUAGUCCACACCAUGAUGGCUCUAGAUAUGGUGAUCUCAGAUGCCAAAUCGCCAUUCCGCCAUAUUGAAAAAAGUUUUGACAGCCGGCUGUAGUGUUUACGAAAAAAGGGGUCAAGGGAUGCCAGGUGUUAGUGAUAAAAAAUCAGAUGGGAAAAAAGUGUGUAUAUGUGCAGAAGCCAAUCGUAAAGGAAAGUUAAAAAGAUUUAAAACCGUACUGGGGUUUAGUUUAUUUUAUUAUAUUUAAAUUGAGUUUUCGGAAAAAAGCAAUGAUAUGAGUAUAUUCAAUGAAUUAAUUUGUAUUCUAAACACUUUUUUUCAAUAAAAUUACAAUACAGUUCGGUCUAUCCGUAUGUUCCGAAAAAGAAAAACUUUUUUUGACCGUUAUGAUAGAAAGGAUCUUAAAGGGUGGAACAAACAACUAAAACCCUAAACCGGAUGUUUGCUCCUUAUAUUCUUUUUACCUUAUCCAAAGAGCUAUUUUGUUUCCCUUUAAUCGAAACAAGUUGGAUGAAAAUAAACGUAAAUCGGUUCUGCUAAAGGAAUGCUCUAAAUUCUGCUAUUGAUCAUUUUCAUGUACGAUUUUAUGAUUCGAAAUGCUACCCAUCAGAUCCGGAUUACUCGAUUGGAUCUUCUGGAGCAGCGAUGGCAACAGACGGGGUCCUCCUGAAGCAGCUUUUUCAUCUCGAUGAAGAUCGAGUCCUCCUGAAGCAGCUUUUUCAUCUCGAUGAAGAUCGGAUGUUCCUGCAGGAGGGCCAGCCGCUUCUCGGACGAUGGAAUGUAACGCCUCGCUAUGUUACCAUCCGAUUCGAUGACUUUCUGCUGCUUCUAGAUAGCUCUUGAAAGAAAAAAGUGUUGAAUAAGCAUAAAUUUAUCAUAAGUAAUGCAAAAUUAAUGUUAUUAACCGCUACCGACAAAGCUGGCACCGUCGUUUAUAGGUCCAACUUCUUCCAGCUUUGCUUACCAGCCCGGAGCUCAGCCGGAAGAUUUUGUUUCGAUUCUAUGAAUUAUAUUUGCAAAAAUCAAGGCGAAAUCUUUGUCUAAGCAAUAUUUUGAUGAUUGGCAAAACUUCGUGUUUUACAAAAAAUCAGAGCACCUGGCAUCCCAGCCAGCCAGCAGCCAGCCGAACAGCCAGCUGUCAAAUUUCGGCUCCUCCUCCGCCUCCAACCCUCGUCUACUUUUUGCCAAAGAGAGACCACCAUAUCUAGAGCCAUCAUGGUCCACACUAAAGCCCAUAUACAGUAAAAGUGCGGCAGACUGAAUUUCUCACCGAUUUGGCAGCACUGAAAAAGCUUCUGCACGGACAAAAAAAAACUACCCACUCUAGGUACUUUUGACGUAAAUCGCCACUUCAGUGCAGGAACUUACUAGUAGGUUAAAACACAACAACCUAAAAGUAGGUAGUUCACGCAGAGAAAACUUGGAUUUUGAAACAAAACAAAACUGACUUUGAUUCAAAACACUCAGUUUUUUGAAUCAAACUCCUGUUUUCUUUGAAUCAAUGAAUUCUCGUUCUGAUUCAAAUGAAUAAUUUUUGAAAGAAAGAAUUAAUUUUUUGAACUGAAUAAUUUUGGAAUUUGAUUUUAAACAAAUUCUUUGAUUCAAAAGACAUUUUUUCAAUUGCAUAUGUCUUUUGAAACAAAGUAAAUUUUCAUUCAACCAAAGAAAAAUGUUUUCAACAGAAAGGAAUAAUUUCUUUAAGUUAAAACUUCAAACUUAGAAGAUAAUUUGGAUUGAGCAAGUACCGAAUUUCGAAUAAAGUUUGGCCGGUCGUGUUAAAAAUCAAAACAAACAAAAGUGAAUCAGAGAUAGCUAUUUAGGAGGAUUCAGGAUGAGGAAUGCAUACCAUGGUAAGUGCGUGUUAAUCCAUUAGUCAAAAAGUGAAUAUUUAAGAUUUUAUAUAAACUUUUGCAUUGUUACAGGACCACGGCUGAUUCCGCCCAAAAUCCAGCGGUCUGAUUAUCUUCGGGCCGAUCUUCAGCGGCAAUCACCAGUUGGAUGACCGGAGUUGCUUCCGGAAGUUUAUUGAGCGGUCCAAGAAGAAUGCCCUCAGGCCAAAAUUUAGGACCGGUUAAUUCCAUUAUAGUGAACCAGUGUUUGUGUUAAGUUUGUAAUAAAAAUGAAUUUAAGAUGUAAAUUGUUUCUUUUUAUUGUUCAAAAUUCAUAAUUGGAACUUCUGAACAACAGAAAUUAUUUCUUCCAAUUGGAAUAAUAGGAAAUAGUUCAAUGAACCAAUCCUUUUAAAUCUAAAUCUAAAUUACAUUGUAGCAAACGAAAAAGACUUUGCAUCAAAUGAAACUGUUUUUUGUUUCAAAGCAUUAAGAUUUUGACUCAAAGAUUUUUCAAAAGAAAAAUUCUUUGAAACAAAGGAAAAUGUCCUUGAACCAAUGGAAUUUUUAUUUAUCCCAAAAUCAAAGGAAAAAAUCCUUUGUUUUUGCUGCACUUUCCUUUGAAAUAAAAAAUCUUUUUUCUGCGUGUUGUACUUUAAGGUCCCAGUGGGUGAAAAUAAUGACUUACUUCAUUAAUUUAUGGGAAAAUGAAUAAAAAUACGUCGGAUCGAUGUUUUAAUGCUGUUUGUGACAUUUCUCAUGCUUCUAAUGCAUGGACCCUCAUUUUAAAGCCAGGUUUGGUAAUUUUUAUAGUGAAUUUAUUCAUUUUUUCACAUUGACGAGUACAUAAAACUUCAAUAAUACCGAUCAUUGAUAGAGCAGCGGGUUUGGGAUUUGAUUCACAAACUCGUGCCGGAUAUGGAUAGAAUUGCAUCCACUUUGUUGAUGGCUAGGGCUAGGCGGAUGUCCCCCUGUGAUGCCACUGCCCUCCUUUUCCGGUCGAUGAGAUCGGUCCCUUCCAUGUGUCGUUGUUUCCAUUGAUCUGUUUAUGCUGUGUUGCUGCAUCUGUUUGGACGGCUGGUCUUCCGCCGCAAUCCUCCCAGCCUGCUGUGUUGGAUGAUUCUUGUUGGUGAGCGCUGCAACUUUCCCAUCGUAAGCCCGAGCCGACCUUGUUCCAACUUAUGUUGCUGCUGUUACUGAACUGCUAGCUGCUGCCAUCGGGAGGUAGUAAAUUUUAGGUUAAGUCGAAGCACUGGAAUAGGCCUUAUUCUCCGGACCAUCUUGUGCCAUCCGUCGUUGCUGUGGCUCAAGCUCCGGUCAAUGGCUGAAAAGUAGAAAUCAAGAUUCCAAUCAAUGGAUUCAUAACUCUAUUGGAAUCAAAAGUAAAACAACUCACCAGAAGCAUUCUUGCGAAUGUUUCGCCGGAAGCGAAACCAACCUACAUCUUGCGCCUUCCGGACUCGUCUUUGCCCGCUUUGCAUGUUCUGUUGCUUGUCUCGUUCUUUUCCGCCGGAGUCAUCUGAUCCAGGAAAUACAUUGAGAGAUGCUACUUCAGGUGACUGGUAGGGCACUUACCUACCACCUAUGAAAAAGUUUUAUGCUGGCUCAAAAUAACCAAGCCGGAAAACUGCUUUAGCACCUGUGAAAUAAAAGAUGUUUGUUUAUUUAAAUUAGUUGUUUUUUAUGAAAAAUGAACAAAACAACUUACCAGAAACUUGAGAGGUUCUUCUUUCCGAGGAAACUGGCCUAAAAUGAAAAACGCGAAUAUUCGCUCAUAACAAAAUGUCUGACAAUGCAGGAAAAAAUGCUACCCAGCCAGUGGGUACUUCGAUGAAAACCUCAAAGUACAUCAAAACUACUCACCCGAAACUACGUACUUUGGGCUUAAUGUAAAACAACCCAGUAGUGAGUAGUCCAGUGGGUAGUUUUGUUUUGUCCGUGUGUAAUCUUUCAACACUGCCAAUAACGUAAACAUUCGCACGCUCCUCAAAAUUAAGUAGUUUUGUUUCAAAACAGCACUUCAGUGGCAGCCCUCAACUUUGAGUAUGACUGGACAAUCGCAAAAAUUAGGAGCACCUGUAUCCGUGGUCCAAACAGUCGGUUUAGACUCAAAUUCCAACCCGAGCAACCGCACUGAUGAUCCAUUAUACCAGUUUCAACCCAACUUUUUUUUGAACUGAUAUAAGGAUUGAUCCAAAACUGAUGAGAUUUGGAUCCAAUUUGACGCAGUUUCAAACUGUUUGACAGUUAAUGGAGCACGAAUGGGGUUGCCAGUUUUUUUCACUGGAUUGGAUCUAACGACUUUGGUUCAAUUCUUGUAUAAAUUCUACCCAAGAAUGGACCAUGGAUAAAGAUGCUCUAUAAGAGGUCCGUGGUCCAAAGAACCGGUUUAGACCCAAAUUCCGACCCGGGCAACCACACUGGUGAUCUAUCCAUUAUACCAGUUUCAACUCAAUUUUUUUUAGAGCUGGUAUAAGGAUUGAUCCAAAACGGAUGGGAUUUGGAUCCAAUUUGAAACAGUUAUAAUUCUAUAAACCGUUUGACAGUUAAUGGAACACGAGUGCAGUUGACAGUUUUUUCAUUGGAUCGGAUCUAAUUUCUUUGGUUCAAUUCUUGUAUAAAUAAGACCCAAGAAUAGACCACCCCCCUCUCCCCUUUUGCGAAUUGCGAUUGCCCAGUCAAACUCAAAGUUGAGGGCUGCCGGCUGCCACUGAAGUGCUGUUUUGAACCAAAACUACUUAAUUUUGAGUUUAAAAAAAGGAGCGUGUGGACCAUGAGUUUUCCGCGUGCGAUGAAUUCGUAAAAACAUCGCACAUUGUUUACAAUUUCAUCGAUUCGCACGUGCUUCUGUUUCUCAAACUCAAAUGUAAACAGUGAUCCAUUUAUACGAUUUAAAAAGAUGGCUAAUUUCAGAAGUAACAAAAAGUAUCCCCAGCAUAUAAAUGGUCAAUCUACAAAGAAAAAGUUCGAGUUUAAAUCUAGAGGCAAACCCAAAGGGAACCAAUUUAGGUUUUCCGUUAAGGAAGAAGAGCAGGAAAUAAGUCGGUUGCGGGACCAAUACUUCUCGAUAACAAUCGACUCAUCGAGUAAGUUCAGUGAUUUUCCUCUUUCGAAAAAGACAUCUCGAGGAUUAGCAAAGGGUCAAUACAAAAAUCCUACUGCAAUCCAGCGCGAAUCAAUUUUGCCGGCACUACAGGGUAAAGAUAUUCUGGCCGCGGCAAAAACAGGAAGUGGUAAAACGUUGGCGUUUCUUAUUCCUGUAUUCGAGAAGCUCUACCUUGAACGAUGGACCAGAAUGGAUGGGCUAGGUGCUCUAAUUAUUACACCGACUCGUGAACUUGCACUGCAGAUAUUUGAAACCGUUGCUAAAAUAGGGAAAGACCAUGAUUUUACUACGGGACUGAUCAUCGGUGGUCAAAAUUUAAAGUUCGAGAAAUCCCGACUUCAUCAACUCAACAUCAUAAUUUGUACACCUGGACGACUGCUACAACAUAUGGACCAAAAUCCGCUGUUUGAUUGCACCAAUCUCAAGAUCCUCGUUUUGGACGAAGCUGAUCGGUGCCUUGAUAUGGGGUUCGAAUCUGCCAUGAAUGCCAUAAUUGAAAAUUUACCGAAAGAAAGGCAGACCCUGCUGUUUUCAGCAACGCAGACUAAAUCGGUCAAGGAUCUGGCUAGAUUGAAUUUAAAAAAUCCGCUAUACAUUGCGCCCCAUGAGAAGGAGGAAUACACAACGCCCAACCGGUUGCAACAAAACUACGUUGUUGUUGAGCUAGAAGAUAAGUUGACUAUGUUAUGGUCGUUUCUAAAGGCUCACCCCAAGCAGAAGAUAAUGGUGUUUUUCGCAACAUGCAAACAGGUGAAAUAUUUCUAUGAAAUUUUUCGAAAACUUCGCCCCAGUAUUCUAUUGCUUCCACUCUACGGUGGGAUGAACCAGGAGAAGCGAAAUAAAAUCUAUGCCGAGUUCUGCUCUCGAAGUAAUGUUUGUUUGCUGGCAACGGAUGUAGCAUCGCGUGGUCUAGACUUUCCUAAAGUGAACUGGGUCGUUCAGCUGGAUUGUCCAGAGGAUGCAGCCCAAUAUAUUCACCGAGCUGGCCGAACAGCUCGAUUAAACACUAGUGGCGAAUGUUUGCUAGUGCUGUUGCCCCAGGAAGAAGACGGAGUUGUGAAGUUGCUCGAGAAAACCAAAGUACCCAUCAAUAAAAUCAACGUUGACCAGAAGCAAUUAUUUUCACCGCUGGUGAAAAUACAGUCUUUUUUAGCACAAUCUCCGGAAUUGAAGGAAACAGCUAAGCGAGCAUUCGUUGCCUACAUAAAGUCAGUGGCACUUAUGAAGGACAAAACCAUAUUUGAUGUCAGUCAGCUCAACUUAGAUGGUUUUGCAAAAUCGUUGGGAUUGUUGGUUACACCUCGUGUUAGAUUUUUGAAUAAAAUGAGCGUAAAAAAGAAGAAUGUGGAUGUCAGUCUAAAGGUGACAGUCGAUGAUGAGGAAGAAGAAGUCAGCGACAGCGAAUUGUUCUCGGUUAAGAAGUCCGGAAGGGCUAUUGCUGAAGAUGUUCAGGUUGAAAAUGAAAAAGAAUCUGUUACAUCUAAAAAAAAAAUUACCAAGAUUAAACUUUUGAAAAAAUCAUUGGUAACGAACAAGAAAAUCACAUUUGAUGAAAGUGGAGACAUUUUGAACGAAAACGAUGACGAAGAAGUUUACGACAUUGAAAAGGCGCGCGCAAAACUACGAGAAGAGGAUGUGGCCGAUAAAGAGCGUUACAAGAACCUUCAUAAGGCUAAGAGAAUAGCGAGGAAGGAAAAACUGAAACGCAAGGCAGAUGAUGAUGAUGAAGUAGAUGACUUUGGUAGCGAUGAAGAGGACAGUGUGGACUUAAGCUGGUUGCCAGAUCCAGACAAAGUUUACGUAGAUCAGAAAGAAGGAAAUUCUGAACCGGAGGAAAAACCUGUUCCUAAAAAGGUCUCAUCGAAAAAGCGGAAACUUGCAGAGACUAUUGGUGAUAUAACACUCACAGAGGCAGAACAGCUAGCAAUGAACCUUCUAAAGUGAAACUUUUAUUAGAAAGAUUUGUAUGAAAAUACGAACGGUAAUAAAUGCGUUUCAUUGUUUUUUAACCAA